UUUUCUUUUUUACAUAAUUUUACGGCUUUUCUUGUUUCUUUUGUACAUACAUUAUACCUUUCUAAUUCUCGUCUUUUUCAAUCAAACAUAAUUUGUAUAUCUUUGUUCGGUAUAUAGGUUAUUUUAUACCAGUUAGAUUAUCUAGACAAAUCAAUCUCUUAUUACUACUACUAUUACUACUAUUACUAUUACUACUAUCACAUAAUACUAUUACUUUAAUAUAAUUCAAUCAAUGAAGUCUUCACUGUUCAAUUAUCCUUUCGAAUUGGUUGCACCCAUGGCCGCCGUUGGUUCAGUACUCUUAUUACCAUUGGGCCCGCUCCUUAUUCCUCGUAUUUAUAUCAUUUUUCUGUUAAUCUAUUUUACUGUAUUCUUAUACACUCAAGUCAAUCAUUUGUUCAAGUUCUAUUUGACCGCAAGCAAAAUGACAAAGGUUAUCCGUAAUUGGAACAAACGUAAUUUGACCGAAAGCAACAGCAUCACUACGAUUACUGCUUUCUCGGAUGGCUCUGCAACUACAACGACUACGAGCAGUUCUAAUAGCAGCACAAACAAUAGUGCUAAUAAUACAGCUCCCUCUUCACCUACUGCCACAACCACUCGUGAAAGAAUUACUUCUGUCGAGGAAUUGGAAGAAAUGGAAAAGGAAGCCUUUAACUUAUACGACGAUUCUCAUUUGAUUCAUGCUUUCAUUGUACCAAAUUAUGCAGAACCCGAAGCCCUGUUGAGAGAUACAAUUAAACGUUUGGCCAAUCACAAAAAUGCACAAACGAACUAUGUAAUUAUCUUAGCAAUGGAAGCGUCCGAACUUAAUUAUGAAGAGAAGGCCUACAGUUUAGCAGACUACUUUAAAGACAGUUUCCUUCAGUUUAUUGUUACUGCACACCCUGCUGAUACUCCUGGCGAAUCGCGUGGUAAAGGCUCAAACGUUGCAUAUGCUGCAAAACACGGUUGUGCUCAGAUGUUACAGAAAGGAAUCGAUAGACGAAGAAUCAUUUUGACGGUAUCCGACUCUGAUUCUUCUAUUCCUGAAUUAUACAUCAAGGAGGUCGAGACAGCUUUUAAUAAAGCAGAAGAUCCUUACUUUUUGUUAUUUGCACCACCCAUUUUCUUUUCCCGUAAUUGCUUUGAUGUACCUGCUGCUGUCAGAAUGACAGAUAUUACCUGGUCUGCUAUGGUGAUGUCAAGUUUAAGUAAUAGCCGUGGACUUUCUUUCCCUUGUUCAACCUACAGUCUCAGUAUGAUGCUAGCUGAACGAGUCGGAUAUUGGGAUACAGAUGCUGAUGCAGUUGGUGAAGACAUGCAUAUGAUGCUCAAAUGUUUCUUCAAAACAGACGGACUUGCUCGUUGCUGUCCUAUUUUUGUUCCCAUCAACCUUACCAACGUUCAAACCUCUGGAUAUCUUGCCAAUAUGCACGCUCGAUUUGUCCAAGCUAAGCGUCAUUACAACGGUAUUGCAGAUUUGGCCUACACUUUGCGCAAUUCUUUUGGCGUCAAAGAAGACGGUGUUUUGAGUGGAUUCGUAGCUGCAGCUAACAAGAAAACAAGUAUGUAUGCAGCACCCGGUUAUUGGCUUGACAAGCUUGUCAUGUGCACGAAAGUAAUGGAGGCUCAUCUGAUUCCUGUCACUUCGGGUUGGCUUAUGUUUGCCGCUGUACCUUUGAUGCAAUUCAUCUUGUUCCCUCCUCAUUCCAUGAUUGCUUUUGUUGACCCUGCUGACAAUCCCAUUCUCACUUCCGAACUCUAUUCAACUUUGUGGAACAUCGUAAAGAUCAUCACUCUGUUUUUGCCUAUUCCAUUAUUUGGUACUUUGGCGAUUUACGAGCACCUUCAUCGUGUUGUCGAUCGGGAACUGUAUCGCAAAGCGGAGUCUCGUAGCUGGCGUAACGUUUUGGAUUACAUUUCAUUACCAAUAGCCGCUUGGGCUUUCAUGACUCUGCCAUCCACCAUUGCUUGUAUCAAAAGACUUUACAAGACAAAUGAUAAAUACAUUGUUGCAGAAAAGUUCUUUAAUGAAAAUAAUGUAUGAUUUGACAGCAGAAAAAAAAAACCAAAAAAAAACCAACCAAAUGUAACGGGAAACUAAAUACACAACCAACGACGAAUACAUAUCGGAACAAUGAAAAUUCUUUUGAUAUUCUUCUGUUGUAAAAAUUACGAUGCUCGUCUUCUUCAACGACGUCAAAUUCCUUGUCACGUUAACAACAACAACAACAAAGCUGUUUAUAUACCUUUGCUUUCUGAUUUAAUCCUACUUACGCACUUUACACAAUAUUUACUAACUAUUUAAUCAUUGUACGGUAAUACGCUAUCUUUACCUUUAUUCUAUUUUCUAUUUUUUUAUUUAAUGACAAUUCGAAUGUAAAUCUACAAAAUAAAAACUUUGAUCUCAAACACUUUUAUACACUAAA